UCACGUUAAAUCUCUAUGAACUGGUUGUGUCACUUUAAUAGAAUUAAAUCGAAUUAAAGUACUGACCUUAAAAAGCGAUCUUUGAACAUAUCAUCACAAACGAGGCAUUCUUAUUACAAGUAAUACAUCGAACAACUCAAGCACGCUCGAGAGUCGAGAUUGAUGGUCGUUUUACAUACAUAAAAGAGCAAUUUCAAUAUCAAAACGGCGUUAGAGAAUGGUAUGUUAUAAUAGCUUAACGUAAGGCCCAUCGGCAGCGGUGCAUUCGGCGUCGAUAAAACAAUGAACGCAUUAUGUUAUGUUUCCCAAUAUGCGGACGAAGUACUUUUUCUUCGGAUGGGACAGUUCAGUUCGGAGAAAACAUUCGAAAUAUCCGAAGGACUAUUGGCUAGAUGCUGGAUAUCGUAGCCCUAUCUGAAACUUAUUGGAUGGACCUAGUUUCAAUAGAUAGACACAAAUGAAAUGCUUCCUGCUUCGUGCAGAGUCAAGAUCAGACCUGGAGCACUCUGUUUUAAGCGCGUUCCUCAAAGAAGGGAGCGAUUCGCGGUCAUUGGUGUGGCACAAUCGGUUAUUAGUGGUCUCGGGGCUCUCUCAUCAUUCACAUAGCACACCUAAAUAUAGAGUGACACUGUGGCACUAAUUUGUUGAAUGAAACGAUAGGUGUGUUGGUGCUUGGGGGACUGAACAGCAUUGUGGGAUUCGAUCAAUAUCGGAUAGAAUGAGGUGAACUGAAUCGAAUUUGCCUACCCAUUAAAAGAUAAUGCCUUCGAGCGGAUCAACCAAGGUGCCCAAGGUAGAUAGGUCCACAAGUCCUCUGCCGUGCAAACCCACGAAUCCUGUUCAGGAAUUGAAGGCUUUGUUCGCCGAACCGCCCUUGAGCACAAAUGGCGGCAAGGAGAAGGAUUUCCGUUUCGAGGCGAUCCAGUGUUUGCAAUCGACCGUUCACCAGGAUCUUAAAGCGUUACCGGACCGAGGAAGUUGGUCCAGUAAGCUCGAAUUCAUCCUGUCGGUGGUUGGAUUGGCGAUAGGUUUAGGAAAUUUGUGGCGAUUUCCUUACCUUUGCUACAAAAAUGGUGGUGGUGCUUUCAUGGUUCCUUACUUUAUCGCACUUGCGCUCGCUGGUGUGCCAAUGUUCUUAAUGGAAUUAUCUUUGGGACAGAUGAUGACCAUCGGUGGGCUAGGAAUUUUUAAGAUAGCCCCGCUUUUCAAAGGUAUCGGAUACGCAACCUGUGUGAUCUCCUGCUGGAUGAACAUAUAUUACAUCAUUAUCCUGGCAUGGGCACUAUUUUAUUUCUUGGUAUCCUUACAAAUCGAUGUGCCCUGGAGAACAUGCAACAAUUCGUGGAAUACUCGGUUUUGCCUCACCUCUACGGAACGUGCGGAGAUAGAAUGUUGGCCCGACGAUAACGACACUAUAUGCGCGACAUCGAUCGGCAAUCUCAGUCACGUCUUUCUAAAGGAUCCAGUCAAAGAAUUUUGGGAGAGACGUACCCUUCAAAUAUCUGACGGCAUUGAAAAUAUUGGUUCUAUAAGAUGGGAACUAGUAGGUACUUUGGCUGUUGUCUGGAUUAUGUGUUAUUUCUGCAUUUGGAAAGGCGUAAAAUGGACUGGAAAGGUUGUCUAUUUUACAUCAUUGUUCCCGUAUGCCCUGCUGGCGGUUCUAUUGGUGAGGGGAUUAACGCUUCCGGGUGCAAUGGAAGGUUUAAGAUACUAUGCAACGCCAAAUCUUUCGAAACUGAGUGAUCCGGAGGUGUGGAUAGAUGCAGUGACGCAAAUAUUUUUUUCUUAUGCACUGGGUAUCGGUGCAUUGGUUGCACUCGGGAGUUAUAACAAGUUCAAUAAUAAUGUUUACAAAGACGCACUGAUUGUCUGUACAAUAAACUGUUGUACCAGUAUGCUCAGCGGAGUCGUAAUCUUUUCUGUAGUCGGUUUUAUGGCUUAUGAACAACAAAGACCUGUUGCGGAUGUAGCUGCUUCUGGUCCAGGAUUAGCAUUCCUGGUUUAUCCAUCAGCAGUUCUGGAACUACCGGGAUCGUCUUUAUGGUCCUGUUUAUUCUUUUUUAUGCUCAUACUUAUCGGUUUAGACAGCCAGUUUUGUACACUUGAAGGCUUCAUAACAGCGGCGGUAGACGAAUGGCCGCAUCUUUUCAGAAAACGGAAAGAAGUGUUCAUUGCGAUUGUAUGCCUCAUCUCGUUCAUCAUUGGUCUCAGUUGUAUCACUGAAGGUGGGAUGUAUGUAUUUCAACUCUUGGAUUCGUAUGCAGUCAGUGGAUUCUGUCUCCUCUUUCUAAUGUUCUUCGAGUGUAUCUCUAUUUCUUGGGCAUUUGGAGUGAAUCGUUUCUAUGAUGGUAUACGUGAUAUGAUUGGUUAUUACCCUUGUGGUUGGUGGAAGAUAUGUUGGACAUUUACUACUCCUCUCAUUUGUGUGGGUGUUUUCACGUUCAAUGUAAUCAAGUUUGUCCCUGUAAAAUAUCUUACAUACGAAUAUCCAUGGUGGAGUCACAUGCUCGGCUGGCUUUGUGGUCUUUCGUCAAUGAUGUGCAUUCCAGGCUAUAUGAUUUACAUUUGGUGUAUAACACCAGGAACUACCUCAGAGAAAUUUCGAAAGUUAAUAAGAAUAGAAGAUGAUGUUGCCACCUUACGAAGAAAACUAAAUUCAAUCGAAACUGCCGCUACUAGUGCAGGCUUUGAACUAUAAGUGUCAUCGUGCUUUUGUUUAAUCACCAUUAAAAAUGCAUGUAUGUUAUUUCAAAGUAUAACUAGAGGAAACAUGAUUUCAUACAUUGAGCAAUAUCAUAUCGCGCAAUCAUGUAAUCAUUUACCAUCUUGAAUAAAAUGCGUUUGUAUAAAGUGAAA